AUGGUUUUUGUCUUCACCCAAGCCAGUUCUCCAGUUGAAUCUGGACUUCUCCACGAUCAGGGGGAAAGGUGAUUUGAAUAUCUCUUUUUGUCACUGGGGUUUUUAAUUUAGUCUCUCUCUAUAAUCAAAAGUAAGAGCGCACGGCAGGAACAAAUGACAGCUCGUGUCUGUGCCAGUGGAUGGUGUCACCGUAGCGCCUCUGAGCUGGAGUGUCCGGAGGGAGCCGUGCUCUGAACUACGUCUCCCAGCAGCCCGUGCUUGCGGGCUGAAGGAAGCAGUCACCGUGGUUCCUCCUGGACUUUGGCAGAGGUUUUAAGGCUCCUGACGAUCCUGUUUCACAACAGCCCGUAUCUCACCACAGCCAAGGGCAGCGGAGCUGGGAUGGCGGUGCAGGUGGCGGUUCUGCCUUCCCCCAGGUGUCUGUUCGAUGACCCUGUGCAGAUCCGUGUGGCGGGGUCCCGCCCCACGCCGCUCCUGCCGCAGCAGGCUGUCACCCUCCGAGCCAGUCUGGUGGAUGAGAGUGGGGAGCUUUUCCAAGCCCACGCUCACUACAGAGCUGGGAGCAGCGGAGAGCUCGACCUCAGCUGCUCCCCUGCCCUGGGCGGCAGCUAUUCGGGAGUGGAGCCCAUGGGGCUGCUCUGGUCUCUGAAGUCUGAAGCGCCCUAUAAGAGGCUGGCAAAGAGGAACGUCCUGACCCCUUUCUGUGUGGACUUGGAAGUGUAUGAGGGCCACGGGGACAUGAACCGGUUGCUGGGAAAAUGCACCAAUGAGCGAUGGUUUUUAGGAGAGGGGGUGAAGAGGAUUUCAGUCAGAGAAGGUCGUCUGAAAGCAACCCUCUUCCUCCCUCCUGGACCUGGUCCGUUCCCUGGACUAAUCGAUUUGUAUGGAUCUGGAGGAGGUCUUGUUGAAUACAGAGCCAGUCUUCUGGCCAGCAGAGGCUUUGUGACUCUGGCUCUUGCUUACAUGGCCUUUGAAGAUCUCCCUGCUAUGCCACAGGUUCUUGAACUGGACUAUUUUGAGGAAGCUGUAAACUUUUUGCGGAAGCAGCAGCAGGUGAAAGAUACUGGGAUUGGCGUUUUGGGCUUGUCUAAAGGAGCUGAUCUAGCCCUUUCCGUGGCCACAUUUCUACCUGGGAUCAAGGCAGCUGUCAGCAUAUCUGGAAGUGGUUUUAAUUCUUUCAUUCCUCUGCGGGGGAAUGGCUUCACUAUUCCUGCACACCCAUAUGAUUUGGGGAGGAUGAAGACCAAUGCUGAGUCUGGCCUAGUAGAUUUUUCAGAUGUCCUGGAUGAUCACAGGGACCCAGCGACUUGGGAAUGCCGCAUUCCAAUGGAGAGGUCCUUGGCCAAGUUCCUCUUCCUGUCGGGACUGGAUGACACAAACUGGAAAAGUGACCUCUAUUGCCAGGAUGCCGUUCAGCGCCUUCAGCAGUAUGGACGGGAGGUGGAGUUUUUCUCCUAUUCUGGAGCAGGACACCUCUUGGAGCCACCAUACUUGCCCCUGUGCCAGGCUUCGAUCCACAGAGUACUUGGGGAGUUUGUGUCUUGGGGAGGGCAAUGGAGGGAGCAUGCCAAAGCCCAAGAAGAUGCAUGGCACAGGAUACAGGCCUUUUUCUGGCAACACUUGAUGGACUCGGACAUCCCCAAGAGCAAGCUGUAG